CUGCCACCCCGCUCGUGCCUGAUUGCAUUCAACGGUGCCAGUCAACGGUGCCAGUCGGGCCUGGUACCAAGCUGUCACCAACUAUGGAUGAGCAAAUGGCCCCGUCCACUCACCAUCGACACAUUGACAUGCACCGCUCUCUCUUGCUAACGCCUGCAUUUGCGUCUCCAGAGUAUUUAACUAUCCCACAUUUGCCCCUAUGGAAUAUCUUACCCUCCAAGAUAUUCCGCACCGCCACUGUGAACCACUGCACUCGCGCAAAAUGAACUCGUCACAUUCUGCAGAGAGUCCGCUGGCAAACAUGGUUGCUGCGAACCAUCACAUGCGCAGCUCUCCACCAAUUCAGCCUGGAGAGCAGAGCUUUCCUGGCAAGCUCCCUUCCUUUUCAGAGUUUCUUCACACUACCCGAGCCACCACACCACCGAGGACGCCCCAACGCCGACAUGGCUCGGCCGACAGCUCUCCUCAUGCCCAGCCCCACUUUGACGAGGUAGCGUGGGCCGACAGCAAACGUAGGCGAGUCGACACGCUUGGUGACAUUUACGCUCGCGGCAGCAUCGAACCGUCUUUUGCUGAGCCUCGCCGCAUGAGCAGCGCCAUCGAUCCUGCCCUUUCCGGCUACUCACCCCACAUCGCUCACCAGCACUCUGCACAACCUGCACCAUCGGCCUAUUCUCACCGUGCAACUCCUUCUUACCCGCCACCUCACCAGCAAGCGCCCCCAAUGAACCCCCAUGUCCGCCACCAGUCUUCUCCCGUUCCUCAAGGCCAGAUGCCUUUUGCGCAGCCAGCCAUCCAUCAGCCAAUCGCCCAGAACCCUUAUCAACCACCCAUGGUUCAGCCGGGCUACUAUCAUGACCACCAAGCAGCCGCCUACAGCGGCUAUGAACGGUCCCAGGAUUCCUACUACCCUCGAGCCUCCUACUCUGGUUACGAUGCGCCCUACGGCGGGGACAUUCGCUUCCAGCACAACGUCGGUCUUGACCACAGCGCGUUCAACAGAAAGCGAAGAGGAAACCUACCCAAGGAGGCAACCAACCUUCUCAAGGACUGGUUUGCGGCGAACCGUCAGUCGCCCUACCCAACAGAAGACCAGAAGAUGGAACUUUGCAACCGCACUGGCUUGAGUCUCAAUCAGGUAUCCAACUGGUUCAUCAACGCACGCCGUCGGGCCCCACAAAAGGAGCAGCGUGAACGCGAAGCCAACGGACCUGAUGCAUAGUCUUGCCCGGCCCGCAAGUCGCUCGGGAGUGGCGCCUUAUUCUUGCCAUACGUCGUCCAUUACUAGCCCUUUACUUAGAUCCAGUCACGGGUACGGUCCCAACACACUAUUUUCACUUCUCUGCGUCAUUGGCGAUCUGGUUGAACCAAAAUUUCCUCGGCGUUACUUCUUAUCCAUGUAUUUUUUUCUCUUUCUUUCCAUCCAUCUUUAGGCGAUUUCUGUUUUCAUCAUUCAGGCUCAGCAUAGGCACUAAAGGUUUUACAAGCGUUUACUGGGUGCACGAGACACCCGGGACUUUUCCUAACGUCGAAUACCCUGGGACUCAAAUAGGAGGACACAUUUGCAUGUUGGGAAACGGAGUAUCGGGAACUGCUGCGCUGCAGUCGUACACUGGAGGUAUCAAUGGAUUUGUUUGAUUUUGCCAUAGCUCCAAAAUCCUCCUUCCCACAUAUCCUAAUAUCAUAGGCAAGAUUUUGCAUACUCG